AUGUCUGCUCAAAACAUUGAAAGCUAUAACAUCCAUGAAAAAAGUAGCUGGUGUUCUCGUUGUAUAAAAUCUAAAACUAAUGCUGAAUUUACAAGGUUGUAUAAAGACAGACUUCAAAAAUGCGCAUUGUGCAAUCUUUUGUUAGAAAAUGUUAAUAAUGAUGAAAGAAACGAAGAUGAAUUUAUAUACGAUGUGUAUGAUUUUGAAGAGUUUGUAGCCUGCAAGUUUAGAGAUAACGAAGAAAAGGAAGACCCUGUCGAAUUCUCCGCAAUUGUAGAAAUUGAAAAGGAAUUGAUCAAUGAUGAAAUUCUGUCUUUGGAAUUUGAAAACAAAGAACAAAAUUUCU